UUGUGUUUUAAUUUGGGCUUGGCUGUGCUGAGCUGAGCUUCAAAAUAAAAUAUGCCACAGAUUUGUUGUGAUGAAGUGUGUGUGAAGAAACAGAGCAACCAAAGAGGAAAAAAGAAACAAGAAAAAUGGAAAAAGGAGGAGAAGAGAGUUGGAGUGAGGAAGUAGAGGAUCUGGUGGCUGCUGGAGACACGCAAGGCGCUAUUUCCUUCCUCGAAAAUCUCAUUUCCCAACUCCAGGCGGCGUCCUCCUCCGACGACCUCCGAUUAGCAUCUGCUUUCUCUGACUUAGCUUCUCUCUAUUCCUCCAUCGGUUUCUCCCUCAAAUCCGAUCAACUUCUUUCACGCGCUUCUCUUCUCAAGCAUCAUGCUCACUCUUCAAGUAUAGGGCUGAAAAACAAGGACUUGAAGGGGGAUUCCUUAACUUCAUCUGAUGUUUCUUUGGCUGAAAAUGACAAUCCUUUGACUCAUGGGAAUCUUGAAAAGUUACCAGUAUUGCCUGGUGAUUGUUGGACACCCAAAUCAUCUUCAGAUGAUGAUUGGGAAGCUAUUGCAGAUCGUGAACCAAGUGAAUUACUCUCCUCAGAAUGCUUGCCUGGAGUGUCAAAUCUUUCUUUGGAGGAUAGUAAAGUUGAAGCCCCUAAGAGACGGGGAAGGGGAACAUUUUCAUACAGAAAAACUGAAUUGUAUUGCGAUCGACUCUCCGAUGUGUCUGCAUCCAAAGAUACUGAUAAUGAGGAUGUGCGCAAACACCCUGAAACAAAAACGAUGGAAUCUAAAUAUGGCAUGCAUCAUGUUCUUGUUUUGGCUGACUUUUCACCAAGUACUAGGACAACAGACCUAGAGAAGCUGUUUGAAGACUUCAGAGAUCGAGGAGUUGCCAUCCGCUGGGUCAAUGAUACAACAGCCCUUGCAGUAUUUCGAACACCUUCUAUAGCCCUUGAAGCUCGCAACCAUGUUCGAUGUCCGUUUACUAUACGUAUACUUGACAAGGAUGAUAUACUUUUGGGCUCAAUUUCAGCAAAAGAUUUGGAGCCUCCUCGCCAGAGGCCACAGACAUCGGCAAGAACUGCCCAGAGGCUGAUUGCUCAGGCAAUAGGAUCAAAAUUGCCGUCAAACUUCGGGUCUAGAGAAUUAAGAAGCCAGGAAGAAGCCAGGAGGACCCGAAUAGUUACAAGGCAAAAGUUGAGAGAUGAUGCCUGGGGCGAUGACUGAAUCAAAUGGAAGGGUUUCUUCUUUUUUUUUUUUUUUUCUUCUCCUGUUGUUAAUCUAUAAAGUCUUGACCAACCAAAGGAAAACGAACAAAAGAAAAACAAAAAUGGAGUUUGAAUAUUUGUUUGGUUCAAUCAGUACUUAAUUUCGAUACCAAUCCCUGGCAUGGAUUUGAGGUUAAAA